AUGAACAUUGAACUCAAAUUUUUGAUGUGGCGCAAGCGUCGCGGAUCGCUGGGUGGCAGCAACACGCCGCGUGAGUCUCCCAAUCUCAUGAACUCCAACUCGCUCACGAGCACGCCGUCCUCCAUGUCCAUCACCAGCAGUAGCCCAUUUUUCGGUAGUGACCCCAAUGCCAACGACCGCGCACUUGUGUUCCGGGUGGAAGUGCCAAGCCCAGGGCCACUGGGACUGGACCUGCGAGCGCGACACAUUGAACGGGACAAACCGCAGCGCGGCGCAGUUGUAAAGGGCUUUCGUCCGCUACAAGGCGAAAAACCUGGAUACGUCGAGUCAACGGGCCGCGUCAAGGUAGGCGACAUCCUGCAGAUUAUCCACAAGACGCCAAUAGACGACAUGCCAUUCGAGCAGAUCGUUAAACACGCGAUGCAGCUUCAGAAAGACCCAGCGGCCUGGCCUCUCGCCAUGGAGUUUCGACGCGAGCCCGAGAGACAGGACGUCAGCCACUCCACGUCGUCUAAGCCACGACGCAACAGUUUCUUUCGGUCCUCGAUCUCCAUGUCAAAUCCUGUUCAGGAUGCGAAUUUCAAUGAGAAAUUGCAGUACUUUCGUGACUUUUUCGCCACCAGGAUACCCACAGGCGGUGCUGCCCCCAAGGAGAAGGAGAAACCUCCUCGGCCGCCCAAAUGGGACACCGUUGACGAAAUGUAUCGGGAAUUAAUGUCCAAACGUGGAGUACCAGAAGAUGUGAUGGACGAAUUGAUUCGUAUUGAGUCACUGGAGACCAAAUGGCACGUCGUGUGGUACGCGCAGCAGAAUGAAAACGGAGACAACACGAAAUCGAACGCAAUGGAAGCGGAAAAGUUUGCGGAGCAUCUGGUGGAGCUGAAAUGGGACAACAAGGGCUUGAAGGAACUCGAGGCUCUUCGGGCGAAGAUCUCGAUCGUGUCGACGGACUGGUUAGAGUCUUUCCUGGCACAUUUCGGCUUGGACUACCUUACUAUGAAGCUGCCAGACCCGUCUCCAUUUCCCAUUGAAAAUUCCAAGUACGAGAAGGCUACGCGCGUGUGUGAGGUGAUCUUGCGAAUCUUACGGUCACUCACGCAUUUUACCGCAGGAGUGGAGGCGAUUACCAACACUCCGGGGCUUGUCAAGCGCGUAGCAUUGUGUUUCCACACGGAGAAUGGUGACGUGAAGAAGUAUACAUUGCAGCUGCUUGGAAUUGUAUGCUACAAUAGUGCGGCUGGACAUUCUGCUGUUAUUGAGGCGUUUGACCAUUACAAAGAGACCAAAGGCGAGGCUAUUCGCUUCAGUUGUCUGCGUGAUGCGCUCAAGUCGACACGGUACUCGUUGGUGUUUAAGGAAGACGUGCUGAGUUUUGUGAAUAUUAUCGUGAAUAAGGCCAUCCGAUUGGAAGAUCGACUGGCGAUUCGCUCCGACUUUAUGGCGCUUAAGAUGGCUGGUUAUUUCGAAGAGAUUCGUGCCAAAUCUCUUGCUGUACAACGCACUAAGUACCCCCUCGCUAGUUCCGCUGUGGGUGUCUCGCCUGAAGAAACGUCCAACGGAGUUCCAUCUCCAAUGCCUGGUGGCCCCGCGACUCCUUCGCCCCUCACGAACAAGCACAUUGCAAGGAAUACCCCCUCGCCUGUUUCGAGCUCUCGAUCCUCUUUAUCUCCUAUAACUGGGCGUGGUAAGGAUCCUGGGACCCCUCUGAGUAGAUUUGACUCCUUGAAGACUCUCGGUGGUCGCCGAUCGUCAAUAAGCAAGGGCGACGAUCAAAGCGGCCGUCUUUCAGCGAGCAAGAGCGCACCUCCUUCGCCCAUAGAUCGGGAGCCAGGAACGCUUUCUCCUGAUGGAGCAAUCGUCCGUUCUUCGCUUCCACUGGACAGCAAGGCUGGGCCGCGGUUUGGGAAUGGGAGCAAUAGCAUUAUCAGCAGCUCGGUGACGCAACUUCGGAACCAACUCGACAACAUGGAGAAGCAGAUCGAUGUGUUCGAACAGUUCAUGGAGGACGAUCGUAAAGACACGAUAUAUGAGCACACAGAUCUGGCCUCGGUGGAUAGUGUGUACCAGUCUCUCUUUGACAGUGUGGCGAACGACCCCGAGCUCCAAGCUUGCUUUCUGUCAAUUCUACAGCAGUUGCUCUUUAUUCCCGGCGAUCGCGUGAUUGGAAAGGAAAUGUGGGCGCUGUCUGAAAAGGUCAUGAAGCAGAUUACUUUGCUGGCUCCAGUCGAGGAAGUCCGCAAUUUCGAGCUGGGGUAUGAUGACCGCAAGACGCUUUUGAAAAUGCGGGACCGGUAUGCUCAGUUCUUGCAGAAAUGUGCUGACGGAGACCCCUUGUUUCAAUUUCGCAUGGGCCCGAUCAUUCUGAUUGAGAAUAAGGACCGGGACCACGAGGAUCUUGCGCUGUCGGACGUUACUGCUGACGAAACUGAUGAGGAGGAUGCUGCCUCGAGUGUGGCAGCACACGAUCACCCGGAGCUGGUGAAGUAUUUCAAGCUCCUAAAGAUGGGAAUGCCUAUGCAGCACGUGCAACUUAAGAUGAGCAGCGAAAGUCAAACCUUUGAUCCGUCAAUUCUGGAGACCCCAGAUAAGGUGAUCCAGCUGACGAAACCUCACGAGAAGAAGGGCACGCGAGCUGAGGAACACGAAAAAUUUACAAAGUUUUUUAAGCUCAAGAAGAUGGGGAUGCCGAUGCCACAUAUUGAGCUGAAAAUGUCGGCGGAGGGCCUUGACAGCUCGGUUUUGGAGACACCAGAUCUUCUACUUGAUGAAGAUGGUAAUGAAGUGAAAGAUGGUGCAGCUGGCACAGGUUUCACUGGCAUCCCAGUUAAGGAUCAUGAAAAGUAUGCCAAGUUUUUCAAACUAAUGAAGAUGGGUAUGCCUCUUGAGCAUAUUCAGCGGAAGGCAUCGACUGAAGGACUUGACGCGUCGUUGCUAAGCAAACCUGACCAGCUUCUGGAUGAAGAUGGUAAGAUUUUCGUUCUUGGACAGUCGGAACAAGGUUCUCAGGGAAUCCCUGUGAAAGAGCAUGAGAAGUUUGCUAAGUUUUUCAAGUUAUUGAAGAUGGGGAUGCCUCUAGAACACAUCAAGCUGAAGGCGUCGGCGGAGGGGUUGGACGGUGGGCUUCUAUCGACGCCAGACGUGCUUGUAAAUGAAGAUGGAAGCAAGUUUGUUGCAGCUGCGAGAGCUGCUGCAAAGGGAGUUCCUGUUAAGGAUCACGAGAAGUUUGCCAAGUUCUUCAAGCUGAUGAAGAUGAGAAUGCCUAUGGAGCACAUUAAACUGAAGGCGUCAGCUGAAGGCUUAGAUGGAGAGUUGCUGUCUACUCCUGAUGUACUGGUGGAUGAAGACGGAAAGAAGGUGGACGGGGCUCCAGCCACGCAGGCCAAGGGAACACCUGUGAAGGAUCACGAGAAGUUUGCUAAGUUUUUCAGGCUGCUCAAGAUGGGAAUGCCUAUGGAGCACGUAAAGCUGAAAGCUUCUUCCGAGGGUCUCGACGCCAACCUGCUGGAAACGCCCGAUAAGUUGGUUGGCGCGGACGGCAAGGAGGUGAAGGGCGAGGAUGUCGCUCCAAAGGGUGUUCCUGUCAAGCAGCACGAAAAGUUUGCAAAGUAUUUUAAGCUGAUAGAGAUGGGGAUGCCUCUACCCCACAUUAAGCUUAAAGCAGCGUCCGAGGGCUUGGAUGGCGACCUUCUUGAUGCGCCUGACAAACUGGUAGACGAGGAUGGGAAGGAAAUUAAAGCUGGCAGCGGGAAGAAGGUUGUGAUGGCAUCCGAACACCCGAGCUACGUCAAGUAUUUUAAGUUAUUGAAGAUGGGCAUGCCACGCCCACAGCUGGAGCUCAAGAUGAGCGCAGAGUCAUUGGACCCGAAAGUCUUAGACACGCCGGAUAAGAUGAUUCCAGAGGAUGUGUCUGGAACAGCUCCGAAGGCACCAGUGAAACCUGCUGUGACGGGACCUCCGAAGCCUAAGCUCCGGAACUUGUACUGGGAGGCGGUCAAGAGCGAGGAAACUACUGGUACGAUUUGGGAAUGUUUUGCGAGAGAAGAGGAUAAGAAGAACAAGACUAAGGAGUCUGCGGGUCCUCCGAGCGUCGCAGAUCUGUUUGCUGCAAGAGCAAAGAAUCAGAAGCCGAAGCCCAAGAAGGACGUGUUAGACAAGUUCGUCGACCAAUUGUCGGACAUUUUUGUGAACAAGCCUGCCAAAACAAAGGAGACCGAGGCAAAGAAGCCCACGAAGCGGCGAGCACCCACUCGUGUAGCUUUGAUCGACGCAAAACGAGCAAACAACAUCGGUAUCAUGCUAGCGCGGUUCCGACUGCCGUACUAUAAGCUUCGGAAUGCGGUGCUGCUGGUGGAUAAGGAUCUACUUUCUGUUGAGCGGGUGUCUGCACUGCUUCAGUUUGCCCCUGAGGACGAGGAGCUGGACGCUGUACGAGGUUACACAGGUGAUCCGAAGCUACUGGGUGAUGCAGAACAGUACUUCCGCGAAAUGAUUUGUGUGCCCCGGUUAACCACUCGGUUGCAAGCGAUUCAUGCGACAUGGCAGUUUGACGCGUACGUAGGGGAACAGCGAAAGUUAAUGGAGUCGGUGUCGAACGCGUGUCGUGAGUUACACGAUUGCGAGCCUCUCAAGGAUAUUUUCCGAGUUGUUUUGUCUCUUGGAAACGCUUUGAAUGAUGGCACAGCUCGCGGCGGGGCGAAGGGUUUCAGGUUAAACAUUCUGCUCAAACUGAAUCAGGUGAAGGCUGCUGAUAACUCGCUCAACCUGCUCAACUACGUUGCUAAGGUUCUGCGUGCUAAGGACCCGGCGAUCCUUGAGUUUGACAAGAGGCUUCCGUCCAUUGAGAGCGCAAGUCGAGUAACCACUCAGAUGCUUAAGGCAGGCGAAAGUGCAGUACGCAAGGCUGCGAAUCUCAUCUGCAACGAACUCGAAGUGCACGCGAAGUUGCCAGAGAAGGAGUACCCGCAGCCUAAUCCAGUGGCAGACUCUGAGGAGGAACCGCAGAAGAUCUCAGAUCGCUUCCAGGAGGUUGUCAAGCCUUUCGCUGACCGCGCGAAAAAAGCUUCCGAGCAAAUCGCCGAGGGCUUAGAGAGCAUGACGAAGCGCUUUGAGGAGACGGCGUCGUUCUACGGCGAAGAUCCGUCGAGUCCAGACUGUGGACCCGAUGCGUUCUUCUCCAUCUUCUAUUCAUUCGCCAAGGUGCUUCAGUCAGCUGAUCGUGACAAUGAGCGCAAACGCAUUGCUGAGGAGCGAAGGAUCCGGCGUGAGGAGGAGACCAAGAAGCGUCUGGAGCAACUCAAACUGAAGAAAAAGAAGAGUAGCUUUGCGGCGUUGAAGACUGGCGACGUUGACGACAUUGUGUCCAAGAUCCGCGCCAAGCGUGUAGAAGAGAAGCGGCGCGAGAUGCUCGCGGUAAAUGGGUCCGCACCUCCUUCAUCGACGGGGUCAAAUCGGGGAUCAGCUAAUGUGCCACGCAGUAGUUCCAGCAACAACUUUAAAGCUGCCGCAGCCGCAGUGCCCACACCUGCCAUGGAUGCCGUAUAAGUUGGCGUGUGUGCGUAUUCGUUCGUAUGAUCAAAAGCAAUGGGGAGUAGCAUGUUUGUGCAAAUGCAACUACCAAGAUAUGAC